AUGGUGGGAUCCACAUUUGCCAAAUGGAUGGCCGCGUUAUUGGUUGUUAGCAGUCUGCUAUGUGGUAACGUGCUCUGCGACGAUCUGAAUGAGGUGAUUCCUGAAUGUCACGUCGAAGAUCCUAUGCCCAGUGAUGCCAACCUAUCCGGUAGCACUCCUGAGCCAGUUAAAAAGCCUAGCUGGUGGCGUCGGAUUUUUGGUGGUUGGAGAAGAUGCCCUUCGGAAGAACCGGAACCCGUUGCAGUGCCAUGUUCAGGUCCAACUGAUGUUUCUCCUGAAGAAGAGGGUAAUAAAUAUUACCUAGAGGUUGGAGUGGAUGCUCGCAAUAGGCUGCGUUCUCAACACCCGUGGUAUCUGGUCAUGAAAUUCUCCAGGGAUGACAAUGACGAGCUUCCUGAAGAGCUUGUCAAGGAAGUUGAGAAGUAUAUAGCUUAG